AUGAGACUCGGACAUCUCAACAUCCGAUCCGUGACUGCCCACCUGGACCAGCUGGCCCAGCUGCUGAUGACCUACCGGCUUGACAUCAUCUGCCUCACCGAGACCUUUAUCAAUAGUGACGUCGAUGACCGCACGCUGAUCGUUCCCGGUUAUCAGAUCCUGAGGCGGGACCGGCCGGGCGGGGGUAGCGCGGGUGGUGUGGCCAUCCUCCUUCGCAGCGAACUACGGACCAAGGAGCUGCAAACCCCCGCUGCCGGCUCCGCCCUUGAGACCCUCUGGCUGCAGGAGCUCAGCCUCCAUCAGCUGGUGACCUCGCCGACCAGACAGAGCGAGAACCCGACCCUGAUCGACCACAUCGUAACCAACAGGCCGCAGACUGCCACCGAGACGAGGGUUACACCUUGCGACAUAUCCGACCACGACCUGAUCAGCACUACCGUCGCCGGCGUCAGAGAGCCACGGCAGCGCGUCACCGUGACCGUCAGGCCCACCCGGCGGGUGAACACUGACGCCAUGUGCCUCGACCUCCUGCUGGCCGACUGGUCGGGCGUCACCGACUGCGACAACAUCUCCGACAUGUGGACCGCCUUCCUGGCCACCUGGCAUCCCAUCAUCGACCACCAUAUGCCGAUGCGUACCCUCCAGCUCCGUCAUCAGGCCUACCCUUGGCUCCGAGACGAGGAGGUGCAGGCGGCAAUGGCGGCCCGCCGCCGAGCGCGCCGGGCUCGCGACCGCGCGCCUUCCGAGAGUACUCAGCAGCAGCGCCGCACCUGCCGCAAUGCUGUGAAGACCACACUAAAUCGGGCCUGCGCCGCGUUCUUCGAGCACUCCUACAAGUACUCCCGACCCAAGACGUGGAAGAACGUGCGGCAGUUUCUGGUUGCCUCAGGGAAGGCCCGGCCCAGGACCACUUCACCAGCUGCAACGGACCAGCAGUGGGCCAACAAGCUCAACGACCACUUCGCCUCGAUAGGACCCAGCGUGGCGGCUGCUCUGGCGGAGAGCGAUACUGGUGAGCGGCUGCCGCCUCGGCCACCUCGUGUCUGCAGCGGCAGCUUCGCUCCCAGGCCGGUGACGCUGCCUGAACUCUCCACAGCUCUGAGCCGCAUGAGCACCUCGCGUGCCGCCGGACCAGACGGCAUCACCGUCCACAUGUUGCGGACCACAUUUCCGGUCAUCGGACCUCACCUGCUCAAGCUGGUCAACUUGUCGAUCACGAGUGGUGAGCUUCCGUUGGAGUGGAAGGCUGCGACCGUGACCCCACUGCACAAGAAGGGUGACGUAGCCGAUCCCGGCAACUAUAGACCGAUAUCGAUUCUGCCAGUCGUAGCGAAGCUCGCUGAGCGUGUGGUGUGCAACCAGCUCAUAAAUUAUCUGUCGACUCACCAUGUUUUGUGUCCUGAACAGUACGGUUUUAGGCCCGGCUUGUUCACGGAGGCGGCCCUGCUUGACACUGUCACCUAUGCCACAGAGAACAUUGACAGGGGUGCCGUGACAUCCCUUAUCACGGCUGACACGUCCAAAGCCUUUGACAGUGUCGAGCAUGGCCGCCUUCUGGACAAGCUGGGCUGGUACGGCAUCGAGAGCCGCUGGUUUGCCGGCUGGCUGCGUGACCGCUCGCAGACUGUUCUCGCCCAGUCGGAGACUCGCUCCAUCACCCACGGGGUCGUCCAGGAUGACAAGAAGGACGUCGCAAGUCUGAAGGCAGCCCUGAGGCGGGAGUUCGGCAACUCAACCAGGUGGUACCAGGAGAGUUUCGAGAAACGGCGGAAGAAGCCCGAGGAGACAUACGGAGUGAAGGCGUUGGUGGCGGUGUGA